AUGGUUCGAUUUGACCCCCGCAACAAGGGACAGGCUGGAGUGCCGUUUUAUACUCCGGCCCAGGAACCCGCUGCCGGCACGGCAGCAGACCCUGCUUCGGCCCCGACGCUGUUCCAACCGCUGCGUAUACGCUCUCUCGAGCUUCACAACCGAUUUGUCGUGUCGCCCAUGUGUCAGUAUAGUGCUGACAACGGCCACCUGACCGACUAUCACCUGGUCCAUCUCGGCCAGUUUGCCUUCAAGGGCGCCGCCGUGGUCUCGGUCGAAGCUACCGCCACCGAACCCAGAGGCCGCAUCUCGCCGCAGGAUUCCGGCUUGUGGCAAGAUUCGCAAAUCGAGCCGCUGCGUCGCAUCGUCAACUACGUCCACAGCCAAAACACGAAAGCGGCCAUCCAGAUUGCCCAUGCUGGUCGCAAGGCAAGCACUCUCGCGCCCUGGAUCGGCGGGUCCGUUCACAAGGCGUUGGCGGAGGAGGCAGACGGUGGGUGGCCUGACGACGUUGUUGGGCCCAGUGCCAUUCCGUUUGGCCCAGGUUAUGCCGAGCCCAAGGAGCUGUCUGCAGAAGAGAUUGGCGCUCUGAUCCAGAGCUUCGCCGAGUCGGCAGUUCGUGCUGUCAAGGCUGGCUUUGACAUUGUUGAGAUUCACGGCGCUCACGGCUAUCUCAUUACCGAAUUUCUCUCGCCGCUCUCAAACCAUCGAACCGACAAGUACGGCGGUAGCUUUGAAAACAGAACCCGCUUUCUCCGUGAAAUCAUCGAGGCUGUUCGCGGCGUGAUUCCUGAAAAAGUGGCUCUCUGGGUCCGAAUUUCGGCCACCGAGUGGAUGGAGCAUGCUGGGAAGCCUUCGUGGGACCUGGAGAGCAGCAUCAAGCUGGCCAAACUCCUCCCCGCUCUCGGCGUUGAUGUGCUUGACGUCAGCAGCGGUGGCAACAGCUUCGAACAGAAAAUCCCACACGUAAAGACGUACCAGACCAAUCUGGCAAGGGAGAUUCGCAGGGCCCUCCGCGCCGAUAGCCUGGAUCUGAUUGUCGGCUCCGUGGGCAACAUCGACACUCCCGAGUUCGCCAGAGACAUUGUUCAGGAAGGUGGCGAAGAACAGUCGGCUGAUUUGGCCCUAGCGGCGAGACAGUUCCUUCGGGAGCCGGAUUUCGUCUUGAAGGCUGCGGACAAGCUAGGGGUUCCCGUCAAGUGGCCUGUCCAGUAUCACAGGGCAGAGCCAAAGAGUGUGCACGACGCGUUCAAGCUCUAG